AAUGAAAAGGCUAAUAUAGAGUACUGACUUUAAUGUGGCAAUUCCUAUAAAUAGCACAAAACAUGCAAUUAAUGAUGGUUUGUUAGUUUAUAUAAUAAUUGAUAGAUUACUACAUGUUCCAAAAAUAUAAAUGCUCCUCACCAGCUAUUUUAGGGGAUGUCCUUCGUUGUAAUACACCAGUUUAAUCUUAAUUAUCACCUAUUGAAAAUUAAUAAAAAAGUUGCUUUUCACUUUUAUCAGACAACUUUGAUUUUUCUGUUAAAGAUGUAUCUCGAAAAUAUAAUAACGGAUCUCGAUAAUUAAGCAUAUAAAAAGAAAAUGAAGAAGAAACAGUUAAAAUUUAGAGAAUANGUAAAAGUAUAAAUUUUAUUUGA